AUGGAGGAAAACUUGAAAACUGCUGCUGAGAAUGGAGACAUCAACAUGAUUUCCGUUUCACUUCUGGAGGAUCCACAUCUCCCGGAUCGCAUCGAUCAUGUUCCAUUUAUUCAUACUCCUUUGCAUAUAGCAGCUUCUUCCUGUCACAUUCAGUUCGCAAAGAAGAUAAUAAGAUUGAAACCAUCAUUUGCUCGGAAACUAAAUCAAGAAGGGUUCAGCCCCAUGCAUCCAGCAUUCCACAAUGAUCAAACCAAAGUGAUUCUUGGAUUUCUAGACACUGAAAUUGAACUUGUUCAGAGUAUCCAAGAUGUGACCAUUCAAAAUGAGACUGCUUCGCAUAUUGCAGUGAAAAAUCACAAGGUUGACUCUCUUGGUUUCUUACUAGGAGUACUGCAUAGAGGCUACCAUGAAGAUUCUGAUAUCCAAAAGAGAAAAAUCAUAAACUGGAAGGAUGAUGAUGGGAACACUGUGCUCCGCGUUGCAACCACUAUGAAUCAAAGGCUCUAA